GAAAACCAGUCUAAUAAUAUGUCUGCUCCGGUUAUUGUAUGACACUCGUCUUCGUGUGAUUUUGUGCUUUACUUAGAAGAUAGGUUGUCAACACUUCUGUUAUAAUUAGGUUAAACUGAACUUUUCUCCAUUGUGAUGUGCACAUUUGGCAGACACCUGUCUAGUACUAUGUAUUACAGAUGAUUGUUCAGUGGAAUAACAACUGCUUUCUGAUGAACUGUUUAAGUCUUGUAACAUGGAAGAUUUCCUGCUACGGUCAUGGCUGAACUGGGACUUGUCAGUGUCGUUCUCUUCAUUGCCACAGGUGGUUUGGUAUUUAUCUUGUUGUUCCUGUUUGCGAAGCGACAGAUAACACGAUUCACCCUCAAAUCAGCAACACGGCCACACAUCAACAUCGGAUCUGAUGCGCCAAAGACUUUGAGACAGGAAAUCCAAAGGCGACUGGACUGUGUAGAAUUCAUCAACCAUGACCCUGCAUUGUUGACGGAGAUGAUACAGCCCAUAGCUUCAUCAGUUCCCAAUCAUUACUACUACAGAAUGAAAGCUCUGGAUGCAUAUUCUAAUGCUAUUGAAUGUUUACUGGAGGCCGAUGAUGCAAUGAACUCAAAGCUGCCAAGUCAAACGCUGCGACAGUAUCUGUUUAGUUUGUGUCCAUCGGCCAUCGUUGGACCCGCGACACUGAGCAACACCAUACACUUGUUUUCAGAUGUCUAUGAACAGGCCCGACAUGACCCCAGUAUAUUUGGAGAGGAAAAGUUGAUUGUUUACAUGGAGCUGCUUGAUAAAAUAAUCAGAAUGAUAAAGCAGGAUUCCGGAAAUCGAACGUCACCUUCUAUAAAAGUGACUACCGAUACAGAAGUUGUGUUUCGAGUGGGCAAGAAGGGACUGGAUGACGCCACUGUCAGUGUCCAGGUGGCGAAGUACCCUCUGAUAUCCACCAUCGAAUGCAACGACCCUUCUAUGAUGAUUGCUCGACCGAGACUGCGGCAUGGUCUCCGUGACGAUUCGGUUGAACAGACAGGUUUUGUGGACAGUGUUAAGUCAAGUGGCUACAGUAGUACUGAGAGAUCAAGCAGUAGUCGAGGCAGCGUCGAGAAACUUAUUCCUCUUGAUGCGUCUUUGCUGAAAAAGGACCCAGAUUGAUUGCAAGUCUAGGUGGAUUCUUUGUUAUACGAUCAGUAUUUGCUGGUGCAAGUGUUUUUACUUUUGAAAGAGAUUGGUUUUAACCCAGUGGGUACAAAAAUAUAGUGCUUAAUUGGAUGUUUUUAGUAAUCCAGGCAUCGAAAAUAUAUCGAGAAUGGUUGUCUUCUUUAAUGACAUCACUAGAGCACAUUGAUUUAUUAAUCAUCGGUUAUUGGAUGUCAUACAUUUGGUAAUUGUGACAUAUAGCCUCAGAGAGGAAACCCGCUACAUUUUCCCAUUAGUAGCAAGGGAUCUUUUGCAUGCACCAUCCCACAGAUAGGAUAGCAUAUACCACAGACUUUGAUAUACCAGUUGUGGUGCACUGGCUAGAACGAGAAAUAGCCUAUAGGGGCUCACCGUCUGAGAUCAAUCCAGAAAAUCGAGAACAAUAUUUCGUUCUCCAUAUUUUGAACAAAAACACCACAAUCUAAAUUUUUAUCACUUGUGUGGUGUUAAAAUAUAAGUUACACAUACAAGUAUCAAUGCAAUGAGAAUAGUGAUAUGAAUGAAAACACACAGGAAUGGAAAUGGAAAUUGUAAACUUGAUAAAUGUGUCGCAACCUAUAGGUUGCCAGAGCUGUAAUUUAUGAUAACAUGCAGAUUGGUUACCAGACGCUAUGCUAAUAUCGAUGCCUGUAAUCCAGUACUGAAGUGGAAUUGUUAUAAAUACUAUAUAUAUGUAUAUAUGCAUGAAUCAAAAUAAGUUAAUUUUUGUAAACUAUCAUUUGUGUAAUGCAGAUUUCUGUGUAAACCGUUACAAUCACAAAGUCCCAUUCUGUAAAAGUAACCACCAUAUACAUUUUAGUGAUUUAUGUUUUAAUUAAGUAUAACAUAUACAUGUACAUGAAAGUAUCAAUGCCAUGAGAAGAACAAAUAACAAAGUAUAGAUGUGUCUGUGAAAGGUCCUAACAGUAAAACUAAUAAACAUUGUAAACUUGAUAAAUUUGUUAUAACAGGAAUGCUUUACCGUGUCUAUAUUUUAUAGUAACAUGUUACAUAGGUUAC